UAAAAGCAGCUGGAUUUCGCUUCCCAAGCACAGUCACCCACAGACCGUGGCAAUAUCGGAGAACGAGUCUGGAGCUGUCGAAGCACCUGGAAGCGAACUGAAGUUUCUGGCUAUCUCACAAAAUCGGUCACUGAGCUGCCCAGUGCAAGGAUGGAGUUUCUCUGGCAUCUACUAAUGGCGAUCGGGAUCCUUGCAGGGACUGGGCUGUCUCAGCAAUGUGACCCAGUACCAGGGGGUCAUAACUUGGCACGGCGGUGCCCAGCCACUCAGUCCUCCAACUACGAUCAAUACGAACUUGAAAGAGUCAGGGCUGAAAACGCCGUGGAUGGAAUACGCGAUGGGAUUUUGACACAUAACUCCUGCACCCACACCAAGUGCGAGGAACAGCCGUGGUGGAGGGUGGACUUGGGCAGCCGUCAGUCUGUCUCCGCGGUGAUCGUGAAGAACAGGGAGGACUGCUGUGAGCAGAGACUCGUGGGGGCCCAGAUCCGCGUGGGAGACUCCCUGGCUGACGAUGGCAAGCAGAACCCCAUCUGCGGGACCAUCACCAACACUACACUGGGAUCCGUCAGCACCAUCCCCUGCAACGGGCUGGAGGGCCGUUACGUCACCAUCGUCAUCCCGGGCAGAAGGGGGAUUCUCACCCUGUGUGAGGUCGAGGUCGUAGCUCAGGGUUGUCCCCGAUCACCAGUGGGUUAUAAUUUGGCCCGGGAGAAGCAUGCCUUUCAGUCCUCCACACUCGCUCAAUACGGGCAUGAAAAGGCCGUGGAUGGAAAAUGCGAUGGGAUUUUGGACCAUGGCUCCUGCAGCCACACCCAGGGCGAGAGUGAUCCAUGGUGGAAUGUGGACUUGGGCAGUCGGUAUUCGGUCUCCACGGUGAUCGUGAAGAACAGGGAAGACGGCUGUGAAGAGAGACUCAAGGGGGCCCAGAUCCACGUGGGAGACUCCAAGGGUGGCCAGGGCAAGCAAGACCCCAUCUGUGGGACCAUCACCGACACUGCACCGGGAUCCCUCAGCACCAUCUCCUGUGAUGGGAGGAAGGGCCAGUACGUCACCAUCACCAUCCCGGGCAGGGUGGAGUUUCUCACCCUGUGUGAGGUUGAGGUCUACGGCACCCAGGUGUGGGAUGACUGCUACGAGUUGCCGGACCUGCCCGGCGCCCGCUACCCGGAGAAGCUGCCAGGCCUGCCCCGCGCCCGCUAUCCGGAGGAGUUGCCGGACCUGCCAAUCAACCCCUGCCCCGAUGAACCCAUGCUCCUGGAUCCCCCAGAGGCCAACCCCAGGACCCAGAACAUUCAUGUGAUCUCCUAUGCUGACAGUGCAAGGAUGGAGUUUCUUUGGCAUCUGUUCAUGAUGAUCGGGAUCCUUGCAAGGACUGGGAUGUCUCAGGGCUGCACCCCACCACCAGGGGGUCCGAACUUGGCGCUGGGGCGCCCGGCCACUCAGUCCUCCAUAUAUGAAGAUGUGACUGGAAAAGCCGUGGCUGGAAAGGCCGUGGAUGGAAAACGCGAUGGGAAGUGGGUACAAGGCUCCUGCAGCCACACCCAGCUCGACACAGAACCGUGGUGGACCGUGGACUUGGGCAGUCGUCAGUCUGUCUCCGCAGUGAUCGUGAAGAACAGGGAAGACGAAUGCUGUGGGGAGAGAAUCAGAGGGGCCCAGAUCCGCGUAGGAGACUCCCUGGCUGACCAUGGCAAGCAGAACCCCAUCUGCGGGACGAUCACUGACACCAGACCAGGAUCCGUCAGCACCAUCUGCUGCAACGGGCUGGAGGGCCGCUACGUCACCGUCGUCAUACCGGGAAGGGCGGAGUAUCUCACCUUGUGUGAGGUCGAGGUCCUAGCUCAGGGCUGCACCCCACCACCUGGGGCUCAGAACUUGGCGCUGGGGCGCCCGGCCACUCAGUCCUCCAUAUAUGAAGAUGUGACUGGAAAAGCCGUGGCUGGAAAGGCCGUGGAUGGAAAACGCGAUGGGAAGUGGGUACAAGGCUCCUGCAGCCACACCCAGCUCGACACAGAGCCGUGGUGGAACGUGGACUUGGGCAGUCGUCAGUCUGUCUCUGCGGUGAUCGUGAAGAACAGGGAAGACGAAUGCUGUGGAGAGAGAAUCAGAGGGGCCCAGAUCCAUGUGGGAGACUCCCUGGCUGACCAUGGCAAGCAGAACCCCAUCUGCGGGACCAUCACCGAUACCAGACCAGGAUCCGUCAGCACCAUCUGCUGCAACGGGCUGGAGGGCCGCUACGUCACCAUCGUCAUCCCGGGCAGGGCGGAGUAUCUCACCCUGUGUGAGGUCGAGGUCAUAGCUCAGGGAUGCACCCCACCACCCGGGGCUCGGAACUUGGCACUGGGGCGCCCGGCCACUCAGUCCUCCAUAUAUGAAGAUGUGACUGGAAAAGCCGUGGCUGGAAAGGCCGUGGAUGGAAAACGCGAUGGGAAGUGGGUACAAGGCUCCUGCAGCCACACCCAGCUCGACACAGAGCCGUGGUGGAACGUGGACUUGGGCAGUCGUCAGUCUGUCUCUGCGGUGAUCGUGAAGAACCGGGAAGACGAAUGCUGUGGGGAGAGAAUCAGAGGGGCCCAGAUCCGUGUAGGAGACUCCCUGGCUGACCAUGGCAAGCAGAACCCCAUCUGCGGGACGAUCACCGACACCAGACCAGGAUCCGUCAGCACCAUCUGCUGCAACGGGCUGGAGGGCCGCUACGUCACCAUCGUCAUCCCGGGCAGGGCGGAGUAUCUCACCCUGUGUGAGGUCGAGGUCAUAGCUCAGGGCUGUGCUCCACCACCAGGGGCUGCGGGACCAUCACUGACACUGCACCGGGAUCCCUCAGCUGAAGAGCCACGAGGUCAGACUCACCGUCCUGGGCAGGGCGGAGUGUCUCUCCCUGUGUGAGGUCGAGGUCUACGG